UUGCACUCGUCCUCCUAGGAGGCACAACUCAGGGCUUCACAGCUAGGCAGCCAUGGAAACAACAGAACUGUAGUAGUAAGUAGUAAGAUAACAAAUCAAACUAAUAAAGCCUUCUAAAUUAAUUUAUCCUGAGCUGGCACCAUUUUGAGCUUGCCGUUGCCUCGGCGGCGCUGACCGGACUAUCACCGCCUACACACUGCCCACUGGCUCAGGUGACAUCCUCAACAAACCGCCCCCUCCUGCCGGAGAUGUUGCCGUCUGUGGAUGACAGCAGACCUGGAGGACCCGCUCUUUUACAAAGUACUGAAGCUAGAUAACAGCUUAAUCCCUCCUGAAGCAGCCUACUAAUCGUCGCGGUCUUGUCGAAGUGGGUUCAGCGUGCUUCGGUCAUUUUUAAUCCACGAAGCUUAACGACGAGAGCAAGAGGCUAACGUUCGUGUGAACUCCGUCCAGCACCGGCUUCUCCUCUUUCCUCCCGCUACAGUGUCACCGCCACCUGGAUGCGAUGACCGACUCGGUUGUGGACAGCAAGGCGGAGGUGAAACAAGCCACGAAAUAUGUCAAAGAGACCGAAAACGUCGCGGAGAAAUACUCAGCGUUGACCGUCAGCAAAAACAGCAGUGAUGUGAAUAUGAAUGUCGGGGAAAUGCCCUCCGCAGCGUUCACCGCAGUCCCCACUCUGAAAUCCGUCAAGAAGAUCCAGUUCGCUAACACAGAGGACAAACAAGAAUUCAGCAAGUACCCGACCAAGGCAGGACGGCGCUCCCUCUCUCGGUCCAUCUCGCAGUCCUCCACAGACAGCUACAGCUCAGCCGCGUCGUACACCGACAGCUCUGACGAUGAGACCUCCCCCCGGGACAAGGCCCAGGUCAACACCCACGGCAGCAGUGACUUCUGUGUGAAGAAUAUCAAGCAGGCCGAAUUCGGCCGACGUGAAAUCGAAAUUGCAGAACAAGAUAUGUCUGCCCUGAUCUCCUUGAGGAAGAGAGCCCAGGGAGAGAAGCCACUGGCUGGAGCGAAGAUAGUAGGCUGUACUCACAUCACUGCUCAGACAGCUGUCCUGAUUGAGACUCUGGUGGCCCUCGGGGCCCAGUGUCGCUGGACUGCUUGUAACAUCUACUCCACCCAGAAUGAGGUGGCUGCUGCACUUGCUGAAACAGGGGUGCCUGUGUUUGCAUGGAAGGGUGAGUCAGAGGACGACUUCUGGUGGUGCAUCGAUCGCUGUGUCAACACGGAGGGAUGGCAGGCCAAUAUGAUCUUGGACGAUGGCGGAGACUUAACCCACUGGGUGUACAAGAAGUAUCCCAGUGUCUUCAAAAAGGUCCGGGGCAUCGUGGAGGAGAGUGUCACUGGAGUGCACAGAUUGUACCAGUUGUCUAAGGCUGGCAAACUGUGUGUCCCUGCCAUGAAUGUGAAUGACUCGGUCACCAAGCAGAAGUUUGACAACCUUUACUGCUGCCGUGAAUCUAUCCUGGACGGCUUGAAGAGGACCACAGAUAUCAUGUUUGGAGGGAAACAAGUUGUCGUGUGCGGUUAUGGAGAGGUGGGGAAAGGCUGCUGCACUGCUUUAAAGGCCCUCGGAGCCAUUGUGUGCAUCACAGAGAUUGACCCCAUCUGUGCCCUGCAGGCCUGCAUGGACGGCUUCCGAGUGGUCAAGCUGAGUGAGGUCAUCCGCCAGAUGGACGUGGUGAUAACUUGCACCGGCAACAAGAAUGUUGUCACCAGAGAACAGCUCGACCGAAUGAAGAAUGGCUGCAUUGUCUGCAAUAUGGGACACUCCAAUACUGAGAUCGAUGUGGCAAGUCUGCGCAGCCCCGAGCUGACCUGGGAGAGGGUGCGCUCUCAGGUCGACCACAUCAUCUGGCCCGAUGGGAAGAGGGUUGUUCUGCUUGCAGAGGGUCGCCUCUUAAAUCUGAGCUGCUCCACAGUGCCUACGUUUGUGUUGUCCAUCACUGCAACAACUCAGGCCCUGGCCCUGAUUGAGUUGUUCAACGCUCCAGAGGGACGUUACAAACAGGAUGUGUACCUCCUGCCCAAGAAGAUGGAUGAGUAUGUGGCCAGUUUGCACCUACCAAACUUUGAUGCCCACCUGACAGAGCUCUCUGAUGAGCAGGCCAAGUACAUGGGUCUCAAUAAGAACGGCCCCUUCAAACCAAAUUACUACAGGUAUUAAUGAGACUGUCUGAUGGUGUGAUCCUCAACACACAGUUGCCCUGGGAUAAACAGAGAUAUCUAUUUUAUUUUCUAAAUUGCUACAAAACGAAGGAAUUAUUUUACUUAUGCUGAAUGUAACUUAUUAAUAGCACUUCAGACAUGGUGUUACAUAUGGAAAAUAAGAGUAAGACAUGUAGGGAACAUACAACGUAUAACCAACUAACAUUUUACUUGUCUUGUCACGUGUUUUAAAGAGAAAAGCCUGCUUGCAUGCUUUCAUGUGUAUGUACUCAUUUAGUUGCUAAUGCUUCUGUUACUAGAUCACGGAGUUGUUUAUUUGUUUGUUUACCCUACGCACAGUGCCAAAAGAUGGCAGAAGAAUGGAACUGAAUUUUGUUUUGUCUGUUAAUGACAUUAAGAUUUUAUUAUACAUUCCAUGAGCCAAAACUAACUCGUUAUUGUAAUGUACUUGAUUUUAGAAAUGUUUGUUGUACAUGCAUUAAAGGGGGAAUAUGUAAGAUAUGGCCAGAAUUAAAAUAUUAUCAACAGACUGUGAAUAAACAACAGUGUUGACGUCAUGUCAAAUACGUCUAUGUGCUGCGUCGCAAAAUUGUAUAUUGAAGUUGCAUGCUAACCAGCUAGCCUGGGGUCGUCCUGUUUCGUAAUACCACUUCGUACCUUAAGAGGACUUCUGUUGUUUCAGCUGGAAGAUGUGUGUCAGCUGUGAGUCCCCUAGUUGGUCUAAGUCACCACAAGAAUCUCACAAAAUAUUUAAAAGAAAAAACUUGUACUCCUGCUUACAGGAAAUACCAAUAUUCAGCUUCUGACACUACUAAGACAAGGUUAAUUGCCACGUUUAUCCUAAAACAUACUUCAUUCAGACUUGAAAUUAAUGACAUAAAACUCACCAAAACAGUUUUGGUUUGCCUUUCCAAAAUCAUCUCUUUUGAUGAUUUGACUUGGUCAAAAUUAAUCCUUAGUAAGAUGUGAUAAUAUCCCAGCUCUAAGUGCCCCUUUUGCUGCUGAUGCCCAGCUCUUGCUCUCUGCUGCUUCAAGCCGCUCCUGUCAGCUUCUGCAAGGUCUUUUCAUUCCUGGAGUCUUAGUCCUGAGUGUAGACACUGUAAAUCGCCUCCUUACUAUAUCACUCGACCACUUACUGAUGUCCAUAAACCUCAAAGGCUGUGUUCAGUCUCAAUCUCGUGUUCAGUCAUGUUCUCCCCAUGAUCCAAGAUUUCAGUGUGGGCAGACUUACUAAUAGGGUAAUAAUCAGCUAAUAGGGACACUUAACUUCAGAGCUAUGAGCUACUUGCUAACAACAGCCAAUCGCUACAGUCAAAGAGUAUAAUGAGCAGCAGUAAACAGUUAUGCUGCCCCUUACAGUUUUUGGAGCUACCUUUGAAUUCUGGCCAUUCCUUACAAAUCACUCCUUUAAAUAACCUCAUUGAAUGGUAUCUGCAUACAUGCCCUAAAAGGUAACAUCCAGUCAUCCUUUUCAUUACAGUACACUGAUGAAAUAUUGCACUUGUUCGCUAAACAGUAUGACCCAAUGUUGUUUAUUUUAAGAGUUUUUAAUAGCCUGUGAAAGGCUCAGUGCCUUUUGAAUUCCUGACUCUUGCUGUUGGCAUUCAGCACUCACCCUUAAAACACUUCUCCUGCACCAACGCAAACCAAAGGGAUGUUUAAUGUAAUUACAGAAGACUAAGAUCUUAUUUUAAAGAUAACAGGCUAUACUUUCGUUGUAACAUUUUCAAACUGCUGUAACUUUGUUCAUUUACUAACAAAUUUCCACAUGCUCAUUCACAUUCCAGCUGAGAUCUGUCUGUUUCGACUGGAUAAUACCUUUAAGGCCAUGGUAUGAACGUGCCUUUUAAAUCAUUUUCAACACGUGAAGAUCAGCACUGACCUUAAUUAAAUGAGCAUUCCUCUUUUGUAAAACCUUGUCUAUUAGUGGCACAUUUGAUGUCUUCCUUCCACUGCUUCUGGUAUUAAUUGUAAAUGAGCUACAUGUUGAGGAGAAAUAUUAGACUUUAUGUUUGCCAUAUGAUUGUCGCUGUCUUAAUUUGAUCCAACAGGGUCAAAUAAAGUAAUAUUUCAUGUGAUCAAAAUGCAUAAGUGUAUACUAUGUAUGUAAAAGAAUCAGCAAUAAAGCGAGUUCUUUAACUUGAA